GGCAAGCAACAUGUUGAAAUUCAGCCUCGUAGUCGUAGCCGUGUUGGCCCUGACCAGUCCUCUGAACGCCUGGCAAGUGCCACGUUCAGGCAAUGGUGCCCUCGCCGACGAGGUGCAAGACUUAGUGGACCUCGUUCCCCUGGACGACAUGGUCGCCAUCCUCUUGGAAUACGUCGCUGAGGAUGCCGAGUUCCAACGGCUGGUCACGUACUUACAGUCAGACGAAUUCAGGAACCUGAUCGCAGACAUCGAAGCCAUGCCAGAAUUCACUCAAAUCUUGAACUACAUACAGGCCGCAGGUCUCGACAUCUACAGCCUGGCAAACAAGGUCAACGACUUUCUGCACCUGAAGGAACUCACUCCACCUCUGCAACGUGUGCGUGCUCUGAAGAUCACCGGAGGAAUCCGUGGCUUCCUCGAUGACAUCGAGGCUCUGAUGCCCAGACAAAAAUUCAUCGAUAUGUGGAACGAGAAGAAGGCCACGUCCACUGUGUUCCGAGACUUCGUCAAUUUCUUGGGCUCAACACCCGUCCAAACGAUCGUCAACAAAGUCUGCGCUGACCCUCACUUCCAGAAUAUUUUGGUCAUGGCUAAGAGAGACCACGUCGACGUUGCUGCCGUGAAAAGAUUCUUGGAAAGCAUGUUGGGCCUCACUGUCCCAUGCACCGUCUAA